AGCAAUAACGAAUUUGAAAUAUUUCCAGCUGUAAUAGGAAAGCUGAAGAAUCUACAAUACCUGAAUCUUAGUAAUAACAAAUUAAAGUCGUUGCCUGGUGAGAUGGGAGAGCUGAAGAAUCUAAAAAUAUUGUAUCUCAAUGGCAACAAACUCAUGACAUUGCCAGUCGAGAUAAAAAAGUUGUCCGACUCUUUGCAAUUAUUGGAUUUAAGAGGCGGAAAUAGUAUUUCAGAGGUUGGAGAUGAAGAAAAGACACUAGGUAAGAAAGAACUGAAAGAGAUAUUUAGACACUGCGUCAGAUUUGAUGGGGAUGUUUGGCAAAGAUCCCAGUGA